UCUAAAUUGUUUGUUUUUUUUUCUCUGGGAUUUUUUCCCCAAUUUAAUUUAUUCCUCAUGUUUUAAUUAGAACAAUUAACUGAUUGUCAUCUCGGUUAUUGCUUAAUUCUUGUCAAUCCAAAUGUCUUCUUCCAUUAGAUAAAAGGUUAAAAUGGAAUCUCCAAUCUCAAAGUGCUUCCCUUAAUCUUGGCGAAUCUUUUUCGAAGCCAUUUUUGUUUAAUCAUUACGGAAACAUUUUAAUUCUAAUCAACUUUUAAUUACACGUUAAUCAAAUUUAAGAAUUGGAAAAGAUCAGUAUGGUGGAUUAUCAUUGUUUCUCUUUAUUGUUGAAACAAGAAAAAUGAACAAUACACUUGAUUACCUUAACCUUUUGUCUCCUGCUGACAUUUCAGUCAAUGUGUUGACCAUCAAUUGGCUGAUGGAGUAGAGAGACUUAAUUUUUUAAUUGUUUGGACUGUAAAUUCAAUUCAAUUGACAACAUCAUUCCCAUUCUCUAGUCUCAAUAACCGUUCCAUCAUGACUUUCUUAGAAUAUUCCAAAUUCAGUGAUUUAAUUCUUAUUCCUUUCCAAAAAGUGGUUAGUCUUUACAAUUGGAUCCACUCUUAUGGAGAUCCACGAGUUAACCACUGGCUCCUAAUGAGUUCACCUUUUCCCACCCUGUUAAUUGUUACAAUUUACCUUUUAACCGUUUGGUAUGGGCCACACUUUAUGGUUACCCGAAAGCCUUUCAAGUUAAGAGGCUUCAUGAUUAUCUAUAAUUUUUCAAUCGCUUGGCUUAAUGGUUGGAUCUGUUAUGAGGUAAUUAUGGUUAAUUUAAAUUACAAUUUCAUCUGUCAACUGGUUGAUACUUCGGAUGAUCCAUACGAGAAACGGAUUGCCGGUGCUAUAUGGUGGUAUUAUUUUUCCAAAUGUCUCGAAUUCACUGAUACCCUACUAUUCAUAGUUCGUAAAAAACCCGCCCAAUUGACCUUCCUUCACAUUUACCAUCAUUCAACUAUGUUCGCCUUCUGGUGGGUCGGUGCUAAAUUCGUCCCCGGUGGGUCAGCAUUAACUGGAGCAAUGGUCAACUGUUUUGUCCAUGUUAUCAUGUAUUCCUAUUAUGGUUUAACCGCUUGUGGUCCAACCAUUCAGAAAUAUCUAUGGUGGAAAAAGUAUCUCACAAUUUUACAAUUAAUUCAGUUCACCGCUGGUGUUGUAUUGGGCUUACAUGCGAUUAUCACUAAUUGUCAAUUUACUCGGUGGAUGCAAUACUUUUUUGUUUGCUAUGCUUUUUCAUUCAUCAUAUUGUUCAGCAACUUUUACAAUGGUGCCUAUGUCGCUGAUUCCGCCGUCUUUAAGCCUUUAGUCUCACAACCACCGGCGGCGAGAUCCAAGAUGACCCCUCGAACUCAACAGAUCACAACGGGGAAAAAAACACCGACUAAACUACGGAAACGCAUUUGAACCUUUUCCCAUAUUAAUUGAUAUUCCAACUCAAUCAUUGACUAUCAUCAUCAUGAUUAAUAGAUUAUCAUCUCUUUUUUAUGAUUAAUCAACUUUCAGAUUGAUUUCGUGAUUUAAACUAAUCAACUAAUCAUGAUUGUGAAUAUUAUUAUUAUUGAUAAUCUUAUAUUCAACCUUUAAGAUUUAAAUAUUUCAACUCGUAUCAUUAAGUUCAUUGGUAACAAUCAAUUUUAAUUGUAUUCAUUGUAAACAAGUAAUCUAGUCAUUCCGAUUUAAUUUAAUUGAUUUUUGAUUAAUUUUGUCUCUCUUUGAAUGAUCAAUAAAUUGUUUCACUUUUUCAAUUGUUUCAAAGACUCAAGUUAAUUAGCCAAUGUGAUGUCCAUUUGCCUAAUAAUUACAAUUGUUAUUGUUAAUUGUAACUAUUUUAAUUGCUAGUGAUCAAUGUUUUCAUUAACAGAUUAGAAAUCAAAAAUUUAAGUUGAUUGAAAAUAAUUAAAAAAAAAAACAAGCAAAAGUUGAUUGGGGUUUAAAUUAUGAUGUUUAUUUGAUUGAUUGUUUUGACAGAAAAAGUCAACAAUUAAAAAAAUGUUUACAAUUAAUUGUAACAAUUAUGAUUAAUAUUUACAAUAAAUUAUCGCGAUUUUCACCUUUAAUUAACUAAUCAAUUAAGCAAUUGAUUAAUCUAAAGGAUAUAUAAUAAUUUUUU